AUGCAGGAAAGGAAAGAGAAUAACAAAGAGAAAAAAAUAAAAGUAAUUUUGGAAGAUGUGUCUGAUAAUGAACAAAAUGAUACUGUAGCUGAGGAGAAACAAGGAACAGGAAUGUUAGAAAAAUUAGUGAUGAUGAUGAAAACGCAGCAAGAAGAAAAUAGAACAAUGAUGAAAGCACAUCAAAAUGAUAUUAGAGAGGAAAAUAUAAAAAUGAUAAGUUAA